AUGAAGUCCAACAACAUAUCGGUAGCGAGUCGGCUUCGUCACGUGGCUUAUUUCGUGCGGGUGCUGGAUGCUACUUUAUACUUACCAGAAAUGAAAGAUCUUCUCGUAUACUACGAUUUUUUUGAUGAAGAUUUCAAACAGCAAGUGAUAAAAACGAAAACCCUCAUGCACGAAGAAAUCAAACAUCUUAAUCAUUUUAUCGAUGAAUUACACAAAGAUAUUAUGGUGACGCGGAAGCAGAUUGGUUUGCUUAUGGACGACAUUCACAAACUGAAGACAGUUCGAAAGCAGCCCGGGCCAUCAGGCUGCACUUUGUGGGAUAUCAAAUUAUCUUCUGAUAUCACCGAUGAUGGGAACACUGCAUUCAUGGUACUGGAAGAGGUUUGA